AUGGUGAUGACAGAGACGGCCGUUAUGUCCACGGCCAAUGACGACGACGAGCGCCGACGAGGAUCGAUCGCCGUCACAUGGAGUCGCUGCAAAAAGCUGCUGCUCGAUUUUCACUUCAACUCCGAUCGGAUAUUUUAUUGGAUCGGAUAUAAUAUAGCUACAAAACCGUGGCUUUGGCUAAUAAUUUCCCUAUGCCUAAAUCUCGUCUUCGGUCUCGGACUAUUACUCUGGAGAGAAGAGAUUGAUGAAGUAGAGCUCUAUAUGCCAAUCGAUUCUGUAUUUCGCAAGGAUGCUGCAUGGGUGAAGGAGCAUUUCCGAGACGAUCUCAGGCACGAAAGUGUCAUCGUCACUGCCCCUAACGUGCUGGAUCCCGAAGUGCUGCGAUCGGUACAUAGAUAUUUUACAUGGUUCCAAGAAGAUGAUAAAUGGGAAACCAUGAAUAAAACUGAAUUUCCCGAGGAAUAUCUACCUGUUAUAAAUAAUACGAUGGCGAAAGAACCUUGUAUUCAUAAAUCGCUCUUAAAGAUAUGGCAUAAAGACGGUAGAAAUAUUGAUAAAUUAACAAAAACCAGAAUAUUGGAUGAUGUUACUGCGACUCUGCAAAAUACAAAUACCAAGGACAUAUUAUCUGAUGUUGCGCCGUUACUAAGUGGUGUUGAAUAUGAUCAAAACGGGAGAGUAAAGAGCGCGAAUGCGACAAUUCUAUAUUGGUUGCUGAAGAAGUCUAAUCCGCAGUCACCGGAAUGGGAGGUCGAAUUUAUCGAGAGAAUAUUGCAUUCGAAUCGUACCCUGCCGCCAGGUAUGGAGAUCUACGCGGUGACGCUACGUAGCUACCAAGACAUGUUGCACGAAAUAGUAAACAGUAAUAUAAUCGUGUUAUUCUGCGGCAUGUCACUGAUCACAUUCUACGUAAUUAUGAUGAUUGGUCGGUGCAACGCGAUGCAGCAACGAAUAUAUUUAUCCCUCAUGGGUAUCUCCGUGGUUGGCCAGGCUAUCUUGUCGGCUUAUGGGAUAUGCUACUAUAUGGGAUAUUUCUACGGUUCAGUGCAUCCGAUCUUGCCAUUUUUGCUACUUGGUAUCGGCGUCGACGAUAUGUUCAUCAUCAUGCAAAAUCUUGAAACUAUGUCAGAGAUGGACAAGUCCUUAGACAUCCCCUCCCGUAUAGCAAAGUCUAUUCAAGUUUCAGGUAUGUCCAUUACCGUGACAUCAUUUACCAACAUGGUGGCCUUCGCCAUCGGCAUGACAACAGUGAUGCCCUUUCUGAAGUCCUUUUGUAUAUUUGCCGCAAUGGGUAUAUUAUUCCUCUACAUCUAUGAGAUCACGUUCUUUGUCAGCUGUCUGGUAUACGAUGAAAGACGAUUGGCGGCAAAAAAGGAGGGCUGCUGUUGCCAGCCGCGACCCAAUUGGCGACCAAACAAAUGUACCAAGCAAAACUUUCAGCGGUAUAUUUUUGAGAAAUACGUGGGGCCUUGUGUGAUGAGAACGUCGAUGAAGAUUAUUAUCCUGUUAGCCACUGCUAUCCUGCUAGGCGUUAAUGUGUGGGCGAUAUUUCACUUGAAUCAGAACUUUGAUCCACUCGUCUAUUUAAAUCAAGAAUCUUAUCCUAUACGAUUUAAUAACAAAUUAACGAAAUAUUUUCCAAAGUAUGGCAAGAAUGUCAAUAUAUAUCUGACAGGCGUAGAUUAUUAUGAAGAUCGUCAUGCAUUGUCCCAGUUGGUGGACAGUCUUAAGCGAAAUCCAUAUGUCAAUAAUCGUACUUUGGACCCGUGGUUUAUGGCGUAUCAGGAAUGGCUCGACACUACUGGCAAAGGACAUUAUAUCGAGAAUAGAGACGAAUAUUAUAACACACUUACGGAAUUUCUCCUAUUUACGGUGAAAGGCCAAGCGUAUAUCCAAAAUAUGAAAUUCAAUAAGUUGCCGUUUAAUGACUACAAUAUCACAACAUCACAGAUUCCAGUGCAACACAUUCCCCUAACUAUGUCAUCCGAUCAAACACGAGCUAUGCAAUCUGUCAGGGACGCCGUGAAAUCGGUGAAUUUUACUCAGGGAUACGAUUAUAUUGCAAUUUAUUCGUUGGAUUAUAUAUCAUGGGCGUCGAAUACGAUCAUCGGCGAAGAAUUGAUCAGGAAUUUGAGUUUAGAGAUAAUGGCGGUAGGAAUAGUAACAUUGGUUCUACUUAGAAAUCUACUUGCGUCGUUUUGGGUGAUGUGCUGCGUACUGUUCACGCUCAUCGAUCUUCUAGGCUCGAUGUACUUUCUGGGAUUGACUAUCGAAAUAUCAUCAACCAUUAUGAUCCUAUUGUGCGCCGGACUGGCAGUUGAUUAUGCUGCACACAUUGGUCUGGAAUUUAUACGUUCAAACGGCAAUAAACAAGAACGAGCACUAACGACAUUUAAUGUUAUUGGACCAGCGGUGUUUAAUGGUGGAUUAAGUACAUUCCUUGCCUUUGUCCUGGUAGGUUUCAGCCAGGCUUAUGUUUUCAUAACUUUUUUCAAGGUAUGAAUAUAACAUUGAAAAUAUAAUUGUUAUCAAAGAAACGGAUAUCACAUAUUUCAUAUCGUUUUAGUUAAUCACGUCCGUAGUUACAUUUGGUUUGUUUCAUGGAAUGUUAUUUUUACCGGUGAUAUUAAG